UCUUGUGUUUCUUUCACGGCAGCUAUUAAAAAAACAUUAAACCGUUAGCGUUGGUCUAAGCAGCGGUGUUAUCUCGCUUCGUUCUCCCUUUCUCUUGUGCAGAGCCAAGCUGCAUAUGGCUGGGUGCUGGGCUCGACGAAUCGUAAAGCAUUUCAAGUCGCUGUAAGUGUGCGUUACACACUUACAUUCAAUUCCAGCUGCAGGCGCGAGUCGCAGGCGCAUAGGAACAAUCGACUCCGAUCAAAGUAUCCAAGUGGUCCGUUAUAAAAGGCUCGUGGAAACUUUCUCUAACGUGCGAGCUGCCUGCCGACGAGUGGCCAUCUGGAAAUUCGACUAUUUUACCUUUUGCAGUCCAAGAACGGAGUCGUCCCUUCGUCAUGAGUAGCAGACCGCAAGUAACGAACAUGAAUGGAAAAAGGCCUUGCCCGCAGCCUGUCAGGAGCCAUAGGCCCCAGCAGCCACAGCCAAUGGAGACAAAUCAAUCGAAUCCCCAAAAUCAACACAAUCAGCAACACCAUCAUCAACAAAAUCAGCAUCAACAGCACCAACACCAGCAACACCAACACCAACAAAAUCAACAUCAACAAGAACCGGAUCCAAAUUCACAACACUUUGAUUUGAUCAAAUACAUCUGCGAAUCUUGGAACUCUGUCCAUAAAGAGUUACACAGUUAUUCACAUGGAAACUCUUCUAAUAAUUAUAGACACCAGAGUAACGUGACGUAUUAUCAAGAACGUGAACCAAAUCCACUUAUGAAAGACUUUAAAGCGUUUAACUUGGAUACAUUAUUCAAUCAAAAAGGAACACAGGGUACCCAAAGAAAUAAGAGUUCAUAGUCGUGGAUUUUAACAACUAUCAACAGAAAUUCAUUAUUUUUACAUUUAGAUUUUAAGUUUAAAAACUUAGUAUAAAAUUUAUGAUUUCAAAAAAUUGACAAACUUAACUAUGCGUUUUUCCAUAUUUUUUCUAUAUUUUGUAAAAAAUUGUGCUUCGAAUUUUGUCUUGAAGUAGCAUACAAAAAAAUUAUUUUAAACAUUCCGUUUAUUCUUUGACAAAACUAAAGCAUUUUAAGUAGAAAAUAAUAAGAUGAGCGGGUAAUACGAGGCAAGUUUGUUAGUAUUACGUUGAAGAAACGAUUAAAAGACUUGUGGUAGUAUAUUGCAAUGAAAUGAAUUGAGCGCAAGCACAUUCAAUGAAAUCAAAUUGAUUUAAUAUUUAUGGACAUGAAAAUGUGUACAAUCCAAAAUAGAAGCCUUUUUGAACUUGCUUUGAAAACCGACUAUCUUUGUUUUCUAUAGCUGAUGGUACCUGUCUUGUAUGUUAUUGUGAAUUUGUUUUUUUGUGUAAGUCACAUGAUCAACAAAAGGAUUGAUUUAUUUAAUGGUAACAGAGAUGUAGUGAGAAUAUACUAAUUUUUUUACUAAGGACUAAGGCAAUGUAAAAUUUAUAUACAUUAUUAUGAUUAAUGUAGCGAAAUGUGUACAUGAUUGAUACAUAUUUAUGUGAACAUUAAAAUAAAACAAGUUGCAAAUGUUGAGGCUAGGCCGAAAAAAUGUAAUUUUACAUUUCUUAAAAAAUAAAUUCAUAUUUAAACUAGACAAACAAAA